CAAAGAGGCAGAUUUUGAACCUUUGGAUUUUUUUUCGGAUCUUGAUCAAAAUAAAGAUUCGUUUUGGUUUUGAAGCUUCUACAAGAUGAUGUUUUUAUGAUCAUCGUAAGUGUUUGAUUAGACAAGAAGGUGAAAAUGUCGGCUUAUACGCAUCCGAUGGAGAGGGAGCUCUCCGGUCUAUCCAGCCGAGGCAAUUCCGAAUUGGGGAGUCGGUAUUCGAUAGAAUCUGGAUGUUACAUGACAUCUUUAGCAGCUUCCAUCUUCAUAGCUUCUCUAGUAACAUUUGGAGUUUUGAUGAUAACACUUCUUAUUGCUUUAUCAACCAUGUUACAAAGCUGUGAGAACCGGAAUAUUGCAAUCGUCGAGGCUCAAAGACUCGAUGAGAGUUUCGGUUACUGUAAAAUCUUGUCUUUACACUCUCAGCUCAAUAGCUUGGAUGAAGAAAGUGAAUUACCACUGUUAUGUAGAGAUGUUGCUUUACACAGAAUCAAACAAGGAAUUUACUUGAGAGAGUUAAACUUCACUAUUCAAAUGGCUCUCACUUAUUUCCAAACCAUCAAACCGAUGAAUGAUAACUGCGAUGUUGUUGUGAUCGAUAUUGAUGACACCAAUCUAUUAGAACAAGAUAGUUACUACAUGAAGUAUAUUGAAGAAGCAAAGCAUCAGAAAAGCAUACUAAUACUUGCACUAUAUUCUAAGCUUAGAUCACAAGGCUAUUCAAUGGUUCUAUUAUCAAGAAGACCCGAAACAGAGCGGAACGCCACAAUCGAGCAGUUAAAAUCUAGAGGAUACAGCGACUGGUCACAUUUGAUUAUGAGCAGGGAAGAUACAAGACAAAAGGAAGAGUUAGAAAGAGGUCACCGCGUAAUUGGAGUCAUUGGUAAUCAUAUGGAUGUGUUAAGAGGCCAGUGGAAUUGGCAAAGCAAGCGUCUGUUCAAACUUCCAAGCCUUACCUAUGAUGAUGUUUUGGAUUACAAUGAAAGAUGAGAUCAUGAAGUUUGAUGUGUAUAGGUUUUCAAGAGUUUUCUGUAAAAUAUAGUUUUAUAUGUUCCAAAGAUAAAGUAGAGACAUUUUGUAAUAGUUCAAUGUCUCAUGUUGUCACUAUCACAUCACACAGUGGGUGGUCAUGUAUCCAAGAGUAUGUGUAUCAAAUCAGAUUAGCUUAAGAAGA